AUGAUCCCCGAAGAACCCAACACGCAGCACAUGUAAGUUUAACUGAAGUGGUGCCUAAUAACCACUUACCUUUCAAUCGAAAUUUUGUGCAUAAGAAGGAUUAGCAUUAUGCGGCAAUUAACUGCGAAAAAAUGAAGUCCUUUGACUCAACAGUCUUUCAAAGAUGGUUGAGAUAAUGACCGAUACUUUGGAAUGCAUUUUAUUUAGAAGGAUCAACUAGGUGCGAUCUCGAUGCUAAAACUAUUGUCUUAAAAUCUAAGGAUACUUUAAGCACACUUUAAAGCUGGUUUUCGAGUGUGCAUUUUACGACUGCUUGCGAAAACGGUAACCGAAAAACGUGACCACGCAAGUUGCAGAAGUGUUUUUCACGAAUACUUAAUAUUAUAAUUAGUUUAAAUAUAUCCUACGGUAACCAUGCUUAAAAGAUUCUUUUUUGCACCUUUUGUAUAAAAUCUCUUUCUUUUUAUUUUAUGUUCAAGGAAAAAAGGAUAUAUUGUUGCUUUUAACCAUAUUUAUUUCCCGAAUAAUUUUAAGUUCAAUCUGUCAUUGUAUUUGUGUUUAGGUUUUCUAAACCGCGCACUGCAUACUUCCAUGUAAGCAAAAAUAGACAUUAUUGUAUGUCAUCUAUACGAUAACAUAUAGGGCCCAUACAAUUCCGAAAUAUAUAUUUGCAGCAGUGUAUUUUCUAUAAGAAGCAUUAUUAAGACCAAAGACGCAAUCCCAUUCGAAUGGUCGUUUUGCGGCAUUGUAAAAUACUAUAGUCAACCGUUCUUGCUGCAAUAAAACGUCUUCUUAAUAAGACAUGAAUGAAUUAUAUCUAGCCAAAUGCUAUCAUAUUUGAAUAGGCAGUUUUUGCUUGUACAUUGUCACCAUAAAAACAAUACCAAUAGUUAGUGAAUCACUACAAAAACAUAUUCGGAGAGUUGCUUUGGUGAUUAUAAAUAUUUCAGAGGCUGACGAAUGAUUAAAAAUGGGGGCUGGGCAGCAUGGUCUUACGAGAUGGAAUCUAGGACUGAAGUGAAGAUUUUAUUUGCAGUCACCAAAUUUUGCAAAGUAAUUGCGUUGGGAUUCCGCAAGAACGUAAAGAAAACAUGCGUACGUACAUGUACGUAAUACACGCCAAGAUACGUUUCCUUGGCUCCAACUGCACUAAUGUCCAGGUGUACCAACAGUUUUUGUGGCCGUUUUAUGCUGCAAUCUAACAGAAUAGCAAAUUAAUCUCCGGCUAUCUUGUUUACAAUUUGGCAUUUUGCGCGAAAACCUAUCCGGAUAACAUCUCGUUUUCAAAAUUGACAAAUCGGUCAUAACAAGGACGUUGAGUAAACAGUGACAACAGGAGAUUAAAAAUCCUCUUAGAUGAUUGUGACCGUCGCUCAGUAAGAGAAAACAUGUCAUUUGGAUUAUCCCUCAUUCCAUCUAAAUUCUGCCGUCUCGACUACUAUUUGGGAGAAUUUAAAGUCUCAAACGCUCAUGCGAAUUUUAUAUUCCGACUUCAAAUCAUGCUUUAGUAAGUUUGCGUCAGGAGUUGCUCUCAUCUUCUUUGGAAUUAUCUUCCUGAUCGUCGGAAGCAUAAGCUUUGCUUGUGCUUGUUGCUCCAUGGUUGCAGUGAGGGACGAAUUCGCCCAGCAACCGGUUAUUAUGCAACAACAGGUAAGUUUGCAAAAAUCUUUAUCCUAACUUAUUUCUUGAAAAAAAGGCACUUUUGCAUAACGUGAAGGCCGAUUAAUCCGAUAACAUAUCCUUUCCUACGGAUGUCAAGAGAAGAACAAAACCCAAAAUUACCAUUCAUUAGACCGUUUGGUUGAGUAAAAUCUCGUGUUCUUUUAUAAUCUUUUAAUUAUCUGUUUAAAUUUCUCGUCCGUAACGUUGUGUUACCCAGGAUUUCUAGAGUGUGUUGCUUGCGAAUUUAAGACUAAACAUGCACACCGCCGAAGAACGAUUUGCAAGACAAAAGUAGAUUAUUAGAAAAAUUGUCUUAACCUCCUAGAUGUGCACUGGAAAGGAGCCUCCUAGUGACUGGCUGUUUUAAGCUUCAGAUGGAAAAGUGCAUGUCUUAAAAUGCACAUUACAUCGGAUCAGCAUUUGUUUUGGCUGAAGUCGGGCUUUGAAACCUUAAGAUAAGGAUAGCAGUGGAAGGAAAUAGGUUGCAACAGCAUACGUUGUGUGCAGUGGCAUCACAAAUUCAGGCCUUAAGGAGCGUGAUCUCAAUACCCUAACCAGCGAAAUAAAGUCCCGAGCCAGAUUCGUGUGCAAAUUGUUUUUAUAAAAACAACGUAAGUUGCAGCGAAACUGGUUGAAAAAUAAAUGGGGACAUUAAUCAUCAAAGCUAAGGAUUAAAAAACCAAAGACAGGUCUGUCUUUCUAUUAAAUACUCUCGACCCGCCCCCCCCCCUCCCAAAGAAAAAGAAUUAUCAGAAACAACCAAAUGGAUUUAUCGAGCGAAGUUAAUCACCCAGUGAGCAUAAACUUCUGGUUUUGGUUUAGCCAGUGACUGCGUUUCAAAAUGGAAAAAUAUCACUAGACUAGUUGAAAGGUUCAUGGGCUAGAAGCCGGAGUAGUCGUUAGAAAUAAUGCAUUUUAGAGUCCCUGUGAAAGAAAGUCGAUUUGACCCGAAGGAAAUUUUGGAGUAAAUAAAAGGCGACCUUAUUUAAAUGUACUCUCAGUUAUAUAAUACAUCACUUCACAUUCAAGAAGUUGUAUUUCCGAUUUGACGUCUGCUUUCUUUUGCAUGAGUCUAUGCCCAAUACUUGACGCUACCCUGAUCCACCAGCGGUAGUUAUGCUUCCCUAGACCUUCUUAAAUUUAUUCGUCAAAUAACGAAAUAAAAAGGCUAUUGGCGAAGCAUUUUAAGGUUAAUCAUUUAAAACCAGAGAUUUUCAGCUAAUUCAGAAUACACUGCUUCAAUCUUUGCUUGCGUGACAGCUACUGGAAUUGGUGGAUUAGGCGCCUGCUAAAUCAACGCUCGUUUCUCCGGAAUGAUAGGUUCUUUUCGAACCAUGCUGCUUGGCUCUUCUUGACUAGCGGGCUAAUGCCGACUAUAUAAGCAAGGAUAGAUUAACUAUGUCUCUGCUGCUGACCUUUAUUGACAAACCGUUUAAUAGCCAAAAACAAUGUUCUGCUCCUAGUUGGAGGGAAAAAUUCCUGUGAGAUGGUGCAAAACACAAUUGGCCAUUACGGGUUUAUUGUUUUGAAAAUUUGGCACAAAAUGAGUGAGAAUGCCUAAACAGUCCUUGUUGGUUAGGCAUUUAAUGUUUCAUGCAAUUAUCCUGGUUGUACUACUUAUAUUUGAUUUUCCAAAUAGGGAACAAAUGUCAGGAGGCUAAGCAGUAAUCACUUUCGUUAGGUUUAAUAAGCCGUCUAGCAUAACCGCAUCCACUAAAGCGCACUACAUUUGUUCGUUUGAGAAAUAUGAAGGCGACUGGUGGUAAAGUAUCAUUUACUAAAGAUGCAACUUUUAUGCCCAUUUAUUUGCGCCUUCAAACAAAUAAACUGAUAAGUCCAUGUGCAGGCAACGGUAAGGACAGGAAUUGACAAGCAGCUGAGAGGCGUAAAAUAAAGUGUGUUUAAAGAGAGAUAAAUACGUAUUCGCAGAUCCGGUUUCUGUACGAGUGUCUCGCAAUAAUGUGUUACCGAAAUGUGUUUCAUACGGAGAGAUAACUGUCGAUGUGGCUAGUAGGCAUUUAACUUUCUGAAAAUCUAUUUACAUCUAAAACGAUGAAGCGAGGUAGAUUGGACUUGGUAGUAUGAACCGUCCGGUACUAUGGGUAAUCUUGCGUUAAAUGUCAAACAAAGUGCUGGUAAGGAUAGGCUGUGCAUCUCACUUCGGUAGUUUCCAAAAUUUUACCUCCGUAUCUUAGCGAUUUAGCUGUAAUUUUGCCCCAAGGCACAACAUGACGAGUUCCGUAGCGCGAUCGGUGAGCGUCCCACAACCAUUGUAUUUACCCGAUCGCAAACGACAGUAAAGCGAGCGCAAGGCUCAGUGGUUGUACGUUGCACUUCCAAACAGUACGUUGCAGGAUCGAGUCCCAGUGUUUGCGCACCCUAACGGUUAGGUAUAGCCGUCUGGCGACGGCUAAUAAGACAGAAAUAGCUAUUCAAAUUUCCUUGUUUUUGUCGGUAACGCUGUUCUGUGGUUAACAACAGCUUACCUGAAGAAAGAAAGCCAAAGAGGUCAUGCUGUACGCGAAUUUUUAUCUUCAGUAGUGUCAUUGACGUCAAAGUUGCCCGGAUCGAGUUAAAGCUUAGGAUUAGGGAUGCGGUUGGAGUAAGGUUUCAUACUGGGAGUUAAGUUAUUCCUCAGGCCGAGGUUUUUAAACUCGGAUUAUGAUCUGCAUUUACGGUUUACACUAGGAUUGGGGUUCAUAAUUAGGAUCAUGAGUUAAGGUUUAGGUUUAGGUUAGGGAUUUAUGGCCUAGGGUUAGGGUUGCGGUUGCUUUUGAGUCUUCCCUAAAUGCUUAAGGUUUAAUGGUUAGGGUUAGAUAUUACGGCCAUGCGCGGGGUUGGCGUUUGGGCCAUAGUUAACUACGGUUUUCCAGGAGGGUUAUAUACCAUAGCCCUCCGUUAUCGUGCCUUUGAGCCGUCUCCUGAGACUUCUAGCGAUAUCUUAAAAUCUAACUCUUCCAAGUCCAACCCUUUAGCCGACCGACGUGUAGCGAUGGGUCACUUGUAGUAAGAAGGCUUCCAAAUUUCCGUGUCUAAACCCAAGACGCAGUCGUAUGUAUAUGUUGACUAAAAUUAGUGAUUGCAGAUUAAAGAGGUUUUUAUUUGUUUUAUGUCGUCGUUGAUUACGACGAAAUGCGGAUGUUAGUCCCAACUAAGAUGUGCUUCUACUUCUUUCUUACUAGCUGAACUGCGUGUUUGGCGAGCCUUAUCAAUGACUGUGCUACGGGUUUAAAGUUUGAUCUUAAACCCUCCUCAAUGAUUUCAGAAUAAAAAGUAAACGGCCGCGCACCGCUUAAUUCUUUACACUAUUAGGCAAAACUGAAAGUGCUUAACAAUUUGUCGCCAGAUUGCAGUCGGCAGUAAAUCCUGUUAUGACCGUGUAGUCUAAAAUUAGAUCACAGAUGUGUACGUACAUCAUUUUUUACUAUAAUUAACACUGCGAAUGAUCCACAUUUGCUAGUUGACCAUUAUAUAUCGUCUUUCAGAUGACGCAACCGUAUCCGCAGCAGGCAGUUUAUCCAAAGCAGACGAUUGCCUGCUCCAAUCCGGCAUUCUGUCCACAGCCCGCUCCCAGUCCCAUGUAUUUUGCCCAACCUCCGAAUUACGAACAGGUUAUGCAAGCGAAUCAGACCUCGCUAGUACAGGCACCGGCAGCGAGUGGAGGAUUCCCGCAGCCCCCGCAGGUUCCCCUGCCAUGCAUGUCAGAUGCGCCUUCUGAAAAAUCCGGCAGCGCCGAAGAAGUGCAGUAG